GCUUCCUCCGGUUUCGCUUUCGCUUCCGCUGGGAGCGGUGUCGCCGCUUCCCGAGCAUGGACGACCCUGACUGCGACUCCACUUGGGAGGAGGACGAGGACGCGGAGGACGGCGAGGAUGGCGAGGAGGCCGGCGCGGGCGAGGCGGGCGACGCGGACGCCGGCGACGAGGACGUGGGCGCCGAGGACGAGGGCGCGGAGGAGCCGCAGGCGGCCUGGCCCGGCUCACUCCAGUCCAGAAUGACAGGAACCCGCAACUGGCGAGCCAUGCAGGAUAUGCGCCGGUACCGGCACCACUACCCGGACUUGGUGGAACGUGACUCCAAUGGUGACAUGCCCAACUUGAGUUUCUACAAAAAUGAGAUCCGCUUCCUGCCAAAUGGCUGUUUUGUUGAGGACAUUCUGCAGAACUGGAAGGACAACUAUGAGCUGCUGGAAGACAAUCACUCCUACAUCCAGUGGCUCUUUCCUCUGCGGGAGCCAGGAGUGAACUGGCAUGCCAAGCCGCUCACACUCCAGGAGGUUGAGGCUUUCAGAAGCUCCAAGGAAGUCAGGGAGCGGCUCAUCCGGGCCUACGAGCUCAUGCUUGGCUUCUAUGGCAUCCAGCUGGAGGACCGGGACACGGGUGCUGUGUGCCGGGCGCAGAACUACCACAAGCGCUUCCAGAACCUGAACUGUGUCAUCCACAGGCGCAGCCACAACAACCUGCGCAUCACACGCAUCCUCAAGUCACUGGGUGAGCUGGGCCUGGAGCACUACCAGGCACCCCUGGCACGCUUCUUCCUCGAGGAGACCCUGGUGCGGCGUGAGCUGCCAGGCGUGCGCCAGAGUGCCCUGGACUACUUCCUGUUUGCCGUGCGCUGCCGGCACCAGCGCCGAGAGCUUGUGCACUUCGCCUGGCAGCACUUCGAGCCCCGCUGCAAGUUUGUGUGGGGGCCCCGCGACAAGUUGCUCAAGUUCAAGCCCCGAACUAUAGCCCAGCCCCUGGCUGGCCCCAGGCAGGUAGAGGACACCCUCCAGGAUGCCAGCCCCCAGAGUCAGGCCUGCAGGCCAGAGAAAGACCAGGGAGAGGACACUAUGUCAGCCGAUGGUCCCCAGGCGCUGAGUGAAAAGCUUCAGGACCCAGGAAACCUGGAGGGGGACCAGGAGGACCCAGCCAACCCCCCUAGCCCCAAAGAGAGCAAGAAGAGGAAGUUGGAGGCCAACCGGCGGGAGCAGGCUUCCGGGGACCUGGGCCCCCAGGGUGCGUCUGAGGUGGAGAAGAUAGCCCUCAACUUGGAGGGCUGUGCCCUGAGCCAGGGCUCUCAAGACACUGGGCAGGCUGAGCAGCCCUGCCCCCAGCCCCCUGCAGCCAAGGUGGCAGAGGAGGUGAGGAAGCGGAGGAAGGUGGAGGAUGCUGCUGGGGGUGAAAGGGGGGCUGCUGUACCGGAGCAUCCUGGGGCCCAGAGCUGUGGGGGUGGGGGUGGGGCUGAGGGGGACCCAGAAAGCCAGGCAGCACUGGAGCAGGGUACUCCUGGGAGUCCACCACACAGGCCUGAGCCUGCCUCCACCGGAGCCUCAGAGGACGAGGCAGAAGGGGCGGCUCCAGCAUGGCUCUCUGUCAGCCCUGGAAAGCCUUAAAGGCCUCGCCAGCCAUCUUGGCCCUGCCCAGGCCCCGUGCAGGGCCUGGGACCCAGUGCCCUGUUGCUGGUUCCUGUUGGUGCCCAGCAGCGCUGACCUCUCCCUGGUGGUCGCCACAGGAGCCACCAGAAGGGCCGAGGCCCUGCCCUCAGGGAAGGCCAAGGCCUUGGAGCCUCCUUACCUCAGGGCACCCCACCCAGCUCCCCCGCUGAGCCCAUGUUUGUAAGUAUGGGGGAGGCCUCAGCAGGGGUCCAUUUUCUUUGGUGCCAAGCAAGGCAUUUUCUGAAUAAAUUCACUUGAUUUUGA